UCUGCACCUACUUCCCCCCUCACUGACCUCAUGUGGUCACGUCUGUCCUGUAACCGUUGGAAGGAGACCGAGCGAACAAGCAGGUUUUGACUGGAUUCUACUUGCGUAAAGGUGCAAUUGCCAGGAACAUACAACAGAAUCAUGGAGGGAUUGGAUGAUGUUACAGUAUCCAUUCUAAAUGCUGCCAACAUAGAUAAUGUCUUGCUCCACACCCUCAGUCGUGAUGAUUUAAGAGACCUUUUUCCCGGGCCAGAAAACUUUCUCAGGAGGAGACAGUUGUGGACUUUCUUUCACAAAGAGGAUGAGAAUCCCUCCUUAACAGACAAAGCUGGUCCUGAGGAAACAGGAACUGUGUUUUCACCUCAAGGAACACCACCAUCUCCCCAGAGAUUUACUCCUUUGAUAAAGAAAACCCAAGAGAAGACCCUACAGCUUCCCAGUCCUCCUGAAUAUGUGAUCUAUACAGACAGUGAGUUGGAAUUGGCUCAUAAGCACUAUUUUGAGAUGGCCCGCACUGGUAGAGAGGGGGAAACUUGCAUGUCGAAAGAGUUGAGAUGCAGGCUGGUGAGGAACACUGUCACCAGCAUGAUUUCAAUCUUGAGGGCAAGUCAGCAAGGAGAAGAGUUCCGGUACCCUUCCAAGCACGAAGUUACUGCCAUGGCUAAGAAACUAGUGGAGUAUUAUCCCAUGCUACGUGACAAAGAUUUACAUACCAAACAUACGAGCAUGUACAGUUACCUUCAGAAGAGGAUUCUGAAUUUAAAGUCCCCUCGAAAGAGGCAGGGGCCCACACCAGAGAGGGGCCAUUCAAACAAAAGGCGUCACAUUGAGUUCUCACCAAGUGACCAGGGAGAAGAGUAUGAUGGUGAUUCAAGUGGUGGAUCAACAGUUCUUUUGCCACCAGGGAGCAGUUUUGAUGGAGAGAUUUCGUUUGACAUGGAUAGUUGCGCAACACAGGCCAGACAUUACAAGACUCUGCAGGAGAUUUAUAAGAAGCCAAAACCCAACCAAGAUGCUGUCUGCCAACUCCUUGACCUUGAGUUUCAGUCAAGAAGAGCCUUCAUUGAUGGAGAUGUACUGAAAGAAGAGGAUAGGCCAACAAAGAUUCUGGAGGCAUAUCCAUGUUUCAAGGAGCUUCACAAUGUAAUGGAUGAGCUGCGGCGGAUCCUGGAUAAGGGCAACAGCAAAUUCAUAGCUGAAGUAAAGAAGAGAUGGGAAGACUUCUGCUCCAUGGUACAGUUUUAUGGUGUUUGGAAGAAGGUGUUGAAACCACUUAUGAACCUGGGUAAAGUGGAAUACAACAUAGCCCUGUUCAGGGCACUUCCCACACUCUUCCCCUCACCAGCUGUGAAAUCUUACCAAGUGUAA